AUGCCCUCAAACACCGACGCAGCCGACUCUCAACUCACUGAGCUCCCCAACUCUUCCAUGCAGGCCAACGACGCAAACCAGCCUCAUACCAUUAGCCCAACCAACCAGCAAAGCAAUGGGGUCCAGCACUCGCCUAUCGAACCGGAACCUAAUCCCCGCCACCCAUUCGUUCGCCUAGGCUACCUUUCUCUCGCUAUCUCUACCAAAGUCGAAGCACUGGACCUACACAAAUACAGCGACUACUUACAAUACAUACGCACUCAUCCCACCCUCAAUAAGAACGCAGACACUGGAUCAGGCUCAGGAACGGACGCAGAUGCAGACGCUGGAGGCCAAGGCAGCGGUGAACAAGGUGUGUAA